GCCAACGGAUAGAAAAAGAUCCGAAUCUGGGAGGCCAAAAUAAGAGGAGUUGUCUUUCAUUUCGGAUUUGCAUAGUAGCAUUUAUUUGAAGGAAUACGUGUAGUAGUAGGAAACUCAGCAUGAAGUUACAAACGCUCUAAGAUCCAGGCGAGCUAAGCUGUGGGAGCAGACGUUGCUCCCCUGUCCCCCUGUGCUCCCCUGUCCCCUGCCCCCCUGGACGGUUCAGACAUGACCACAGGGGAGUGUUGCCACCUUCCAGGCUCGCUGUGCGACUGUACCAGCAACACUGCCCUGUCCAAAACUGUGGAAGAUUCUGACGAUCGCAGGACACAGUACGUCACACAGGUUACGACCAAGGAUGGACGGCUGAUCUCCACUGUCAUCAAAUCCCUAGGCACACAGAGUGAUGGGCCAAUCUGCCGAAUCUGCCACGAGGGGGGCAACAGCGAAGGGCUUCUUUCACCAUGUGAUUGCACCGGCACUCUGGGCACAGUGCACAAGAGCUGCUUGGAGAAGUGGCUGUCCUCCUCCAACACUAACUACUGUGAGCUGUGUCACACAGAGUUCACUAUUGAGCGCAGACCUCGGCCCCUCACAGAGUGGCUCAGGGACCCAGGGCCGAGAAACGAGAAGCGCACACUGUUCUGUGACAUGGUGUGCUUUCUGUUCAUCACACCCCUGGCAGCCAUCUCUGGCUGGCUGUGUUUGCGCGGGGCUCAGGACCACCUUCACUUCAACAGCCGCUUGGAGGCAGUGGGCCUUAUCGCUCUUACCAUCGCACUCUUUACCAUCUACGUCCUCUGGACUUUGGUUUCAUUCCGCUACCACUGUCAGUUGUACUCAGAGUGGCGACGAACCAAUCAGAAAGUGCGUCUGCUCAUUCCCGACGCCAAGGGUGCCCACUCUACCCAGCAUUCCUUGCUCUCCACUAAGCUGCUAAAAAAAACAGCGGAUGAGACCAUCGUAUGAGAUCCAUGGUUUUAUGAGAGGGUGGGGACAUGAAACGUAAAGUGUUGGUUUUGGUGUGCUUAAGGGUUCCUGAUGCAGCGUGGCAUCAACUCGAGCCCCAGCACUUGUGGAUGCAUUAUUUUCUAUUUCAUCCUUUUUUAUUGGAGUAUGUAAGCACUAUUUUUUCCUUAUCUCUUUUUAUCUGUGUAUUUGUGUUUGUGGAUUUAAAAUGAUUCUAUUUAUUUACCUACAUGGCCAUUCUGUGGCCUCAUACCAUACAGUAUACUUUGUUUAAUUUUAAGUUCAGCAGUUGGAAUUUUGUGGUAUGACCAUAUGUAAUUGGCAAAGAAUCAUAAGAGACAAAAACAGGAAAGUGUAAACAGCGGCUGUAGCUGAAAUAUAACUUUUUCUUUCUUUUUUCAUUUUAUUUAUGUUUAAACAUAAUGGACAAAAUUGCUUUUUGAUUACUUAGUUAGCCCAUCAGUUCUGUAAUAUAGCUGUUGUAUAUUAUGAACACUCAAAGCUUUGGUUCACAUGUGUUAGCUUGUUUAGUGAAUUAUUGAAGUGUUACAGGACGGCAGGGCUCUGUGUGUGAGGUGCAAGCCCUACAAGCCCCAUAUUGCUUAUCCCACUCCUACAAAUAAUAUAACACCAUGUGAGGAGUGUGCAAUAAAAUCAUGUCCUUUUACCUUUCAGUAUGAGGCACAGUGUAUUCUAUAUGGACACAUGCAUGAAUGCAUAAUUCUAUUUUUUCCAGUUUUAAAGUCUCCUCAGAUCAGAUUAGUGACUGACUAAUUGGAAUCUCAGAUUUGAUCUUUGGAUCAGUAUAGGCUAUAGAGGUAAAAACCAAGCAUAUCCAGAUCCAGAAGCUGGUCAGAUAUUUUUGUGAAUAUGCAUCCAAGAUUUAUGAAGAAACAUCUGGAGCAUCUGUGGAGCAGUAUUUGAAAGUUAGUUAACAAUUACUGUUUAAUAACACUGUUCCUAAUCCUGGACAUGUUACAGCUGUAAUUAGUGGCUAGGUAAGACUGGCUGUGUGAAAGGGCAGAUUGUGUAUAUUGUGUGUGUAUAUAUUAUGCAUUUACACUUUUUUUUUAUUUUUUGUUUGUUUUUGUAGCAGUUUUACAUCGUUAAAUAUGCAGUUUGAGGGAAUGGUCUAAUUUUGGGAACACUGUUUUAUAAAUCAUGUACACCACUAAGCAGCUGUAUGUUGUGUUACAAGUAUGUUGCACAGAAUAUAAUACCAAACAUUGGAGAUCAAUUUAAAGGAAAGAUAUUAUACAUAUUGUAUCUCAUUAUGGCAUUAUGGACCCGUAGACCAAAGUCAGGCCUGUAUGCAUUUAUUGGGGGACUUCUUAAUUCUUUACCGGCUGUACCGGAUUUGCUCACAUUGAAAAUGUUUGUCCAGAUUUCUGCAAGGUGCAGAAUGGUCCAGGAAAUGACUAGUUUCAUCAGCUUGGACAAGCUUUGUGAAUUUGUAGAUACAUCUUAUGUCUGUAGCGAGAAUUAAGGAAGUCAGGGUCUUUGAUGGGUGUGUGUAAUGUGUGCGUGCUUUUGCAAAAUGCAUGUGUGGGUGUGUUUAUCUAAGGAAGAGUCUGGCUGGUAGUUAAUUUGUAUGUAUUAUACUGACCUUCCCUAGUGCCAUAUUCUAAACAAAAAGUGUUGUGACCUAAAAAUGAAUCCCGUAUAGUACAGUUUGCACCGCCUACAUUCUCAGAAAUAGAAGUACUAAUUCUCCUUUGUGACUGGGGUGGUUCGUUUAUUUAUUUUAUACUUUUCAUUUGUUUAUUUGAAACAUCUGAAAGUUUAUUAUUGUACAUUGAGCUCAUUUAAAUGAAGCUUUUAUGUACUUUUCCAUGCACACUGAAGGUACAAAAUAAGUAACCCCGACACUCCAGCAACAAAAUUAGUUUAGUAUAUUUUUUUAUCUGAGAGUGUAGUUAAGACUAUAGGAGCCCAUUUCCACCAGCUAGAGGAAGUAAAAAUAAUGUGCAGAUUGUUUUUGCUAACAUGACAGACAUCACUCGUUUAUACUUUCAAACUUCAUUUAAAAUGCUGUUUUAUAAAAAAAAAUAUCUAAAUAAUCCUUUAUUUCUCACUCUGUCCUAGAGAAAAAACACAUCAAUUACAUUUUAUGUUCCAAUGCUAUAUAUAUAUAUAUAUAUAUAUAUAUAUAUAUAUAUAACUAUAUAAAUAGACCGAAUAAAUGUAAAUUUUUAUACAAAGUGUUUAAAUAAAAACCUGUUCUCCUACUUGGUUGGUUAGCUGAGACAUUUUCCAGUAAAUAUAUUCAUUUUAAAUUAAUGUAGAAUUUAAAAAAUAAAACACCCAAAACAUGUUUUGUCCCUUAUGUCAAGCAUAUAUAUGCAGAUUUUUUUUUGGAUACAUAUACUUGUUCUGCUGCUGCUGCUGCUGUUGUUGCUUUCAUUGUAGAUUAGGUCAUGCACCAUACAUUUAAAAUAGGGAAUAGGUCAAGACUGCAGACGGGCUAGACUAGCAUGUGCACUCACACUUUUCAGGGUUAAAAGAAACGCAAUGCGUUUCCCCUCUAGCUGGUGAAUUUAGGCUUCCAUAACCAUUGUUUAAAUAGUGUGUAGUGUAAAAAGUGUAACUAAACACUUUAAUCUUUAUUAGACAAUGUUAAGUUUUGAAAAAAAAAUGUUGUGCAAUAAAUUGAUGGCAUUCAUUGUUAAUUUUGACAUUUGAGAGAAAUGUUGAGUGCUUUUGGUUCAGAUGUUAUUAUUUUAUGCUGAAUUUGAAAGCCCAACCAAGUGAAACAAGAAAAUUGGCUUCACAUCAGCAGCUCAGCGCAACUUCACUACUUAACUGCUGCUUGUUAUAACAUUUUCUCUUACUGUUAUUGUGACUGCUUUUUCACUUUGCUCAUCGUUUCCUUUUUUAAGAAUGUGAGCUAAUGCACAGAAUAUAACCUUAACAGUAGAUAAACAGUAGUCAUAUUAAUAUUACACAGAUAUGAAGGAUUAUAGGAUUGCAUUUAUACAGGAAAAGCUCAGCAGCUUUUUUCAUAAUCACACGUGGACGGCCACUAUGCAACUAUAAGUUAAAUGGCCCAAAGGCUUUUGCUUUAUUAUAGUGUUAAAUACAAUUAACUUAAUCAAUUUGUAUCCAUACAAUCAAUCACGCUCUUUGUUUUGUCAGUCAUGUUGCACUUUGACAAUUUAAGUUGAAUAUAAGGAAGAAACUUUUCAGUUCACGCUUUCAUUUAAAAAGGUUUUAGUUUAUGUUUUUUUUAAGAUGAACUUAAACAAUUUAAAUGUUUGUACACAUUGUUAUUGUGUUUAAUGUUUUACUUUGUUAUUGUGUUGAAUGUUUUACUGUAUGUAUUAUUUGCAACCUUUUUUUUCUUCCUUGAGCACCAUAUUUUAUCACUUGAAGCCGUUUUAAAGGUACCAUAAUGUUUAUGUAGUGCAUUGGAAUAAGAACGAUGUAACUGUAGCGUCCCCACCAAGAUAUGUUGGUGCUUGCAAACAGCCAAGAAAAGUGUGCAAAUCAAAUUAAAAAUGAUGCUUUGGA